AUGAUACUGUUGGAUGGUUUGGAAAUCAUGAUGUGUGCAGGAUACCCGCGUGUCGUUGUGGACGCAACUAAAGGGGAAUUGCCCGCCCUUAAAGUUGCGCUCCAAGCAGUGUGCACUCGCCCGGAUGGAACAAUAGGCGUCAGCCCUGCUGAACUUGCUCGCGUACUAACUGAACGUGGUGGUUAUGGGGAGAAGGACUUGAUUUUCCUCCUCACAACUUCAGGAGAAAAGCUUCGAGUGUCCAUCGAGAAUCUUCGCCAAAUAGCUCCAGAAAAGGCGCAGAUGUUCAUGUUUGGCUGGAAACGUACGUUAGCGGACAUCAAGGCAGAAGGUGAAGCAAAGGCGAAGGAAAGGGCAGAAGCUGCUGCGGGGGAGAAAGCGCUCCUCUUCUCAGUCCAUGUAGCCGAUCCUGCACAUUGGAGGAGCUUGUUGGGCCCGUGGUUGUCGCGCAUGAGAGGAUUUGGACCUUUAAGCGACACGAAAAUCCAGCUCAUUGUUCGCAACGAAAAGGAAGAAAAUCCCGCUAACAGAAAAAGCAGAUGCCACGUUUCGACAUUCGACGAACUCAUGGAAUACAUAAACGACAUGGAGAAACUCCUCAAGAUCUGCCCGGGGCUUCUGAGGGCGAUGACCAACAGGCAACCGUUUGUAUUCGAGUUAGGCAUCAGGGCACCACCACCUUCAGGCUUCCGCCUGUGGAACCGUGCGCAUGGAGACCCAGAAAGGAAUAGAAGAUACCUGGAACGUCUUGCCGUUGCAUUUACGAACGUGCAUGAUGACAGCAGAGUAGAGUGGAAGUUUGCCAAGCACAAGGGACAGAUGACACCAGAUCAUAUCCGCCAAAUCAGGAUUCUUCUACAAAGUGCAAAACCUCGAGAUGCUGCCCUUGUUCGAGAAAUUUUGGCAAUUCUGGGUGUUCCGGCUGAUGACAUCGCAAGACUCACUGGAAGGCUGAAUAUCAAGAUUAUACACGAACCUACUGAUCAAGACAAGGUGUUGCUGCGCGAAGGAGUGGUAACGAUGGACAUCGCCAGAGCCAACGGCGCUAGGAUUUCUCGCAACAUUUCUGCCCAUGGCAACCCUAAAGCACCUGUAAAUAUAGAAUUGCCAAGUGGCGAGUACUCAUUAUCGUAUAGUUUGUACAGUCCUACGCAGCAAGUGAGCGGGAGUCCUUGCAGCAUCCGCACAGCAGAAGACUUUAAGGGUGUCACAUGGGAAACUGCGCUCCAAUGGUGUAACCUGAAGUUCCAAGACCUGCGCAGUUUGGCCGCUCCAUUCCUCUGGAUCGAGGGCGUCCAAACGGCAAUGUAUCCUCCAUCUCAACCGGGUACACCAGUCGUGUCCUUCCAAAAUGACAUACCGCUUGGCUUCACGUUCAGGCGUCCUGGCUCUCCAUUGUCUGACAUCCUUCCAAGUGAUAUUUACUUUAACCUGGUUCAGCAGCCUGGGACUAACGUACCCGGAGCCACGUUUGUUCAGAGAGUGCCAACGCCGUCUGGCAACAUAAAAACUGACAUUAAUUACUUCGGCGCAGAUCCAGAUCGCUGGCGCAGGAGGAUUGAUCCUGGCACAGCAAUGGCACCACGUGGCACAACUGGCGAGUUUAAUGUCUACCCAGAUCCGGAUCAAGAGGAAGCUGGGAAGGCAUUUGCUAAUCCGCUUCACCAGACUGUCGAGAUCCCGGGAUUCUCUCGAAUGCCAGAUCUACAUGAGAGCUUUAAUCUUGUCUUCAACCUGAGCAAGCCUCCCCCACCAACGGGCGAACUCGUGUACGUUCAAGCCCCAGCAGGCAAUGGACGAUACUUCUACUGUCCAGGAAUCACGAUUCAACAAUUUCUCAGCUUGAAAAAUAAGGAGGAAGCUGCUAGGCUUUGUGGAAUCCCUAUUGAUCUGUUGGACGGAGACGUUUUGGUUUCCACAUUCACCCCAGGGACGACACCAAACUACGCGCCAGCCAGACCUGCGGUACCGGUCAUUUUGGUUGACCGACUGCAAAGGCCUCACUACUAUACCGCUCUUUGGGAUGAACACCCCAUGAAAUAUAUUGGACCAAUUCUCGAAGAAGGCCAUCCGGAGGACCAAAUGGUUUUCACAUUCGCUAACUCGGACCAAUGUGUCCUCAAUCGCCAGAUGCUGCAUGGUCUUGCGUCUUGGGUGGAGCUUGCUAGGUUUUGUUCUGUAACAUUUGAAGGCGUCCGCCCUACACAAAUUGUCGGGACAGUCCAGCCGGUCUACUUCCUUCCUCCAGUCCAGAUUGUCAUGCCAGAAAGCUUGAAGACAACGUUUAUGAAGACGCACAACGGAGUUGACCCACAAGACAUUUUCUCGAAGGAGCCCGUUGCCUAUGUCAUAAAUAACCUGCUGGCAAGCCAGAAUCCCGGCGUGACUCUGGAAACUACUCUGGAGAUGGCCGACGGCUCAAAAUUCAAUUUUUCACAGAUUCCAAACGAGUGGAAGCACUUGCCUGCUCCUCAGAUCCCAGGUCUCGCUCGCAUUACGAUAAAGGACAUAAACGCGGGGACACUUGGCGACUUGCUGGCUCAGUUAAACAUCGGCGGAAGCACUCCAUUCUCGCAGUUUGUUUCAAAGAUCACCGGAGACGUUCACAGCCCUACAGGAAUGAAGAUUCCUUCCAGCAACAUACGGAUUGGAGGCCCCACACCCCCAGGAGCUCCUACGCCUCGUUUCGAGCUUGAAAUGUUCAACCCAGAAACCCUCGGAAGCGACGGAUACCCUACCAACUUUGGUACCAGAGUACCGGUUGCCCACGGGGCUAUUCCAGAAACAAUGCCGAUGGAAAACGUUAUUAAAAUGCUUCAUAAUCCAUACAUUGCAGUUCACCAAAAGGCCAAGCCCGAGUACAAGAUUACUGCAAUAACGGGAAAUGCCGUUCCGUUUACAACCAAAGCGGAGCACUUGGAUGCCCCUCUCAGUGAAGUCGUUAGGUGGUUUACGAGCACACUGGGCAUCGAAGAUAACAGCUCCAUCCUUAUUACCGUCGUGGUUGACGGCGUUGCCUACAGAGCGCCCCUAAGUGCUGCGCAACUUUUGGGGCAUACCAUCGGCAGCGUGCUGGGACUUGCCGGUGCCGUAGACCUCGACGAUUCUCACGAUGUUGUCUUUAUUGGCCAACCUGCUCCAGGAAUAACUGCAAAAAAGAUCUCGCCGAGCCAACAGAUGAACUUUGUAGUGAAUGGAGCGGUUUACGACAAGUCGCCAGGAUCUCCACUAGAUUUUGCCAAGCUCUUAAACAUCCAGGUGCCAGGAAAAGGACAAGCCCCCACGGAUUACAAGUUUAGCAUCAGUGGCCCCGGCGGCGAAACAAUACAACAGCUGGUGCCAGCAGACUUUAUUCAUCUUCUGCAAGAAAUAGCGGAGAUGCAUGGCAAUCCGGGGCUCUCUUUGGUUCUUUCCUUCCUCAACUCGUUAAAGCAAGCCGCGGGUUCACUACCGUUUAAGCACCCGAACGCGGCAAUCAACGCCCUUCUUAAUACUCCUGCUGGGUCGGUUCCUGAAGGAUCUUACCUGGUCGUGUUUACCGGGACGGGACCCACUGCAAGAAAAGUAACGGUGCCUAUCACGGCCCUCGACAGGGACAAGACAAUACAGCGUCUUUUGGAGCAUCUUAACAUCGCACUUAACUCCAUCGCUGACGCAGCAGGGCAGAUUCCGGUGGAAGAUGGCUCCGUAGAUCUUGGCAUACUCGGUCAAAGUGUUAAAGUCCCCUUACGAUUCAUCAGUUCAACGGAUAAGAACAGUAUUGAUGACCUUCUCAAGAGAAUGGGGCAACGGUUAGGAAGUAUGCUGCAAGAAGCCCGAAUUCCAAACCAGCCCAUAGUGCUUCGCACCGUUUUCACAAAGCGAGAUGGAACUUCUUUCACAGUCGAAACGCCUCUGGGAACUACAGAGAACGCCCAGAAGAUGCUGUCGAGUCUUACUCUAUGGGCGCUUGUGCCGGAAGAGGCUCAGCAUCAACACAUAAAGCAUGUUUCAAUGAGUGUUCAGGUUGUUGGAACACCUCCGAGCGCUCAGGGGAUCGGCUUCUCCUCCGUUUCACAGUCGUCUGCGGGUGUCAUGCUCCCAACAGAGCAAACUUGGGGAACACUUCCUGGACAGCCUGCCUCAACGGUGCCUGGUUUCUUCAUCCAAGAGCCUGGCGAGAAACGCUCCAACCUGGCAGACGUCGGCGAGCAGUUGGUACGGGUAUUCUUCCGGAAACGUGUCUCAUCAACGGGCGUCUGGAGUCGUGUAUUCUGGGGGAUUCAGACGCCUGGAGGUUGCUCUCCGAAGACGGAAUUCCCGUACUACUUGGUCAUGGGCACAAAACUUGCUGAUGUUCCAGUUCCUGUAGGCAAGAACUGCAUGGUUAUAAUCCAACUAGACCAAAAGUUUAAGGAAGCAGUCCCGAGUAUCCGACCACAAGAUUUCGAAGUUGAAUUUCUUUACCACGAACCUCCAUUGCAAGCGGCAACUGCAAAAGGCAGAAAACUCCUUCAUUCUCACAGCAUGGAAGCGGAUGCUGUCAAGAAACCCAUUCGGGAUCUGAUUGAAAAGGCCAUCGGUUGGGGUGCUGUUUCAAGUGCACAGUCGUGUCUCAUCACCAACCCGCAAGUGCCAUUUCCAUGCGACGACCCACUUCCACUAGAUCCAGACAGGGACACACUGGAAAGGCUGAUAAGCAGCUCUCGGUAUGUGCUUGUCACAAUGAAGCAAGCACCUGCUGAACAAGCGGCGGCCUUCUUACAAAGAAGCCCGUUCCUCGCACGCAUCAGCCGUGUUCAGAAUCUGAGAUAA